AGAUGGAUGUGAUCAUCAACGAUUGGGAUUAUAGCAGUUUUUGGUAGAUGAACAGGAAAGAAGUGAAGCGAAAGGAGGACAAACUUGUAGGAACUAACAAACGGAUUGACUGGAGGACUGAAGGAAGAGGAGAGAGAAGGAGGGCAGAACGGAAACACAAUUUAAGGAGAUCAAUUUGUGAAUAGACUUUUUUUUUUGCAAGGCCCCAAACCUGCUCAGAACAAGAGUUGCUGGUGCACACCAACACAGAGUCAUUUUCCCAGCGUCUGCCAGUUGACCGGGGAAGUCGGCGCCCGUGGGGAAGAUUGGCGAUGAUCCGCUUUCGGCUUUGCCACAAGUUUCAGGGCCGUCGCCGCUAGAGCUCAUUGUGUGCACAGAGAGUGAGAGACAGAGAGAGAGAGAGAGAGAGCGGGCAGCGUGUAGUAAUCUAAGGAUGACACCUGCACUUUAUUCCAUCAGAUAGUGCUCAGCGAGGUGUGGGGUGCAGCUCAUCCCGCUUUGUCUCAUACACACAUAUUAAACACACAUAAAAAAAAACACACGAGAGCGACACACUCCCAGAGAUCGACGAUGCAUCAGAUCCUGACAAUCAGCGGAACCCUGUCCGGAUCUUAAACACGGCACGACUUUCAUAUCAGCGUGUAUGAGCGAGUGUUUAUCUGGACCCAGCGGAGCGUGUUGGAAAAGGACGAGUUAGGCAGGUCGAUGCUGCACGAUUACACUGAUAGCCUGUGAUUAUUCUGAGGAGGCUAAAAUUACCAUGUAAAGAUCACUGUCCGUUUACGCCGCAGCGUAUUCAUGAUAGCGUAUCGAAGGAGUUCCAGCAUUCAAGCGAAUAAUGGCAGACACCUUGCGAGCGUAAUGUGCAAAGUCUCUGGGGUAAAAUAGCAGAGUUAAAAGUGUAAUAUCUGAAACUAAAAGCGUCUGACUGCAGUUUGCUCAACCCCCCUCGCAGGUUGGUGAUUCUACACGGGGCAAGCACUUCCACUCUGUCUUUAUAGAGCGGCACUCGAGCUCAAUGGAUUUUAUUUAACCUUAGCUAUCUCCAGAUGAGUUGCAGUGAGAUAGAGUCUCCGUCUCUCCGGAGGCCUGGCCAGUUUGGUUAUAGCUCAAAGGAACAUUGACUUCUGCCUGCCGAUUUUGUCGGGUGAGAAGUGCAGAAAACCCUGUUUGACUCAUUAAAACACAACGAGUUGGAGAACAUUCUUGGCCUAGAUUUUCUCCGUCCUCGAGGGCACUGCAAUGUAGGUAGCUCUAUUUCAAAACUUAGCGUUCAAGUCAACAUCAUUGGAGAUACACUUGACUGACUUUGGAAGACAGCCUGUAUCCGACUGAAAUAUAGUAUUAUUGAUGUUUCCUGUUCCUCGGAGCAGUGUGGUUUGACCUACACGAGACAAGCAGUCUGUUGUUGUGGUUAAUUGUGUGGCUGAUUGUUGGGGCGCCUGGUGCUCAGAGCUUGCGUAGCUCCCAGUUUGACACUGCAGCGUACAGUCGGUGAUGAGCUAAUUAAGUUGUCCCUCAUUUGGUUAAUUGCACAGCUGCCGUUCCUGAAUACCCUUGCUGGUAAAGAACACAGCGUUGCAGGUCUGGCUUCGGCCACUUUUGGUAUUGGAUUUUUGUGGUUUAUUGAUCUUGAGAGUCUUGGGCUUUUUGUCUCUGGAGGCUCGGAGCACCGUGGUAGAAAAUAGCUAGCCUUGCGGUGUUUCCUUUGUUGUCGUUUUGCUCAGAUGGGACUCAGCGCCUGUACUGCUUUGUAGCAGCAAAGCCUCUGCACUGUAUGGAUUUAAGCCAAUGCAUGUCUUCUGAGCAGCACAAGGUGCUAAAGUCCACAGUGGAACUUUUUCUGUUGCUCUAAGCUCAUCCCUGUGUGCAUUGUGAUAUAGCGUCUAAAUCGCUAGCUCUGUCAGCGCCCUGAGCUCUGGCCAAACGUCUGCGGAUUGCGUGCGAGCCCCCCUGGCUACAAUUCAGUUCUAUGUGACUUUGCAGCCAAAUAUUUGCAUGUGUUGUGAUGCAGCAUAAGAGUCCUUUCUUUAAGUGCUGUCCUCAAACAAAAACUUCUGUCUGAUUGCACGGAACUAAAGCUGGGCAGUUAGCGUGUGCACGUGUCUGCAGCAUUGCAGUUGAGAACAAAUCGGAGAGUGUGUGUUUGUGUGUGUGUGUGGAGUAGUUAGUCUGUAGCGGUGCAGGCAGGGUCACAGAGGAGCCAUUGAUCAAACGUGCACAUCCACACACGCUCACACAUACACACACACGCGCGGCUUCUCAAUACACAAUGAGGCCUGUCCGGAGCUCUGUCCUCUGCCGCCUCCUCCCUGCCCCCUUCUCUCUGGCCCUGCGCAGCCUGGUCCUGGUCCUGCUCUGCAUCACUCCCCGUUGUCAGGCGGUGCAGGCGGAGAAUGUGACAGUCUUGGAGGGAGGUACGGCCCAGAUCUCCUGCCGCCUGCAGAACUACGAUGGAUCAAUCGUGGUUAUCCAGAAUCCCCGCCGGCAGACCCUCUUCUUCAACGGCACGCGAGCCUUGAAGGAUGACCGCUUCCAGAUGGUGCUCUUCUCGCCACGGCUGGUGCGCAUCACACUGACCAAUGUCAGCGUCAUGGACGAAGGUGGCUACUUCUGCCAGCUCUACACGGACGCCACGCACCACCAGGUGGCGACGCUCUCCGUGUCGGUGCCCCCGGAGACGCCCACGGUGGAGGUGAAGCAGGAGGCCGUGGAGGGCGGCGAUGUGGAGCUCACCUGCGUGUCGCCGCGCAGCAAGCCGGCUGCCACCCUGCGCUGGAUUCGUAACGGCCGCGAGAUAUCAGGUGUGGUAUCCCAGCAGGACAACGCGAAGACAUUCAGCGUGUCCAGCACCAUCCGGCUCCCGGUAGAAAGGAAAGACAACGGGGCGGCGCUGAGCUGUGAGGCGAACCACCCAGCACUCGGCGGGCAGAGGAAGAUUCGACACUACCGCCUGGAUGUGAAUUUUGCGCCAACAGUGAGAAUUGUUCCUCCCUCUGGCAUUUUGCGAGAAGGCGACUCGCUCAUCCUCACCUGCUCCGUCACUGGGAACCCUCUGCCCAGGAACAUCCAGUGGUCCAAGAUUAACGAGUCCUUACCCGAGAGGGCAGAGAUUUCCGGCCCCACCUUUCAGAUUUCCCGUCUCAGCCAAUCACACAACGGGACGUACUUGUGCCAGGCCCAGAACAACUACGGACGCGCUGCCGACCAUUACACCUUACUGGUGUAUGAUAAUGUGUCAGUCACUACCACGGUCCCUCCCACUCCCUCCACUCAACCAAUCACCUCCCAUCCCGUCACCCCAACCCUCCUAACACCCAGCUUCGCUCCAGACCCAGAAGUAUUUGUCCGUUACUUUAAAGUCGGUGAAAGAUCCCGGUGCAGUGGUGGAGACUCACAGUGCAGUACCGUACGCGGUGAUAGGUGGCGUUCUGGCACUGCUGGUAUUCACCGUCAUCUGCGUCCUCAUCGUCACCAUCUGGUGCUCUGUUCGACAGAAAGGCUCGUACCGUACACGAGAGCCUAUUCUUGCUUGGUAUUGACCUAACAAUCAGUUAACUAAUGAAUUAAUCAGUCACAGGUUCCUAUCUUACCCAUGAGGCCAGUGGGUUGGAUGAACACGGCGAGGUGCAGGAGGCUUUCCUCAAUGGGAACGACGCCAGCCAGGGCAAGAAGGAGUACCUACUGUAGCCCCUUUUCCUUUCCUAUCCCCUUCUCUUCUGACCUCACCCCCCUCCCUACCCCUCCCUCUCCCUGUCUCCCACCUUAUAUACAGUAUACACACACACACACACUUGUACACAAAGCGCCAUAACAGGCGGCCUUCUGAAAACGACUGUAUACAGAUACUGCACACAUCCCGCUCCAUUCCACUCCAUAUCCCUCCACACACAGAGACAGACCGAGAGAAAAAGAGAGCCUAUAUAGGCCCACCAGCCAUUAACGACUGUGCCAUAUACUGUAAGUCGGAGAAACUGGGGGGAAAUGGAGAGAGCGAGAGGGCGAGGUGAAUGUAGACAAUAACGAAAUGACGCCAUAAUUAUUUUGAUCGAGAGGGAAACGGGGAGCACAAAGAAAACAGGCGCUCUGCCCGCGCAGCCGCCAAAGUGGAAGGGGAAUUAGGGGCAGAUGACUGCUAUAAUUCCGCGCCUGCAGAAAACCAUCUAUUUCACAAAGCUCAAUCUAUAACUGAUGGAGACGGUGGGAGUGAGGAGGGAGGGGGGGAGGGACGGGGUUGAGCAGCUAUUGAGCACUAGAAAAUGGAAAUUUUUAAAAUUGCAUCUUUUCCUACAGAGCGCGACUUGUAUAUAAUUCCCUAACAACACUGGAGGGUUUCAGUCUAGAAGUAUCCAGACUUUAACUGUCCUGUUCUGCUAUCCCUGUUGGAUGGCCCCGACAAUAAUUUGUGAAAAGAAAUCAUCUUUUUUCCACUCGCUGCAACAGUGAGAGAUCUCUUUUCUUUUAAUUAACUCUCCAUCUCCUCCUUCCUCUCCGUUCACCUGUUGCCAUCCUCUCCCCUCUCCCUUCUAUCUCUCUUUCUCUCUGUCUGUCUGUCUGUCCCCCCCCCCCCCCCCCUCUAUCGCUCCUCCUUUGUUGGCUCCUAAUAAUGAAAGGAUUAGUGUUGGGCUGCGUUCCCGACAAAGAAGAAAGGAAUAUGACUUGCUAAGGCAUUAAAGAAGAAGCUUAAUUAUUUUCGAAUGUCAUUAAGAGGAUAAAAAGGUUUAAAAGUCUUAAUAAGAAGGGCAAGGGGAGUGAAUGAAUGAGAACAUGAAAUGGAUGGAUAUUUUUUUCUGAAUGCUACCACACAUAUGCAGACACAUUCAUACGUACAGUAAACAUGUUGACAGAACAAGUAUACAUAUCUCUGAAUUCCUUAUUUGUAUAAAAAAAAAAGUACCGCAACAUAAAUUAAAUGAAACUUUUAAGAAAAAAAAAAAUGUUUACUAUUGAAACGCAUUAUGAAGCAACUAUACUAACACAGAAUAUUAGCCUAUAGAGGUGCAAAGCCGAACAAACCACUGUCCAGUGAUCUUUAAAGAAAAUAAAGAAAAGAAUAAAAAAAAACUUCAUUUGUCUUUAUGAAAAACCAGAGGUCUUAUUGAUUUUUUUAUUAAUUAUUAUUAUUAUUUGAACAAUUAUGAUUGUUGUUAAUGUUAUUAUUAUUGCCGUUGUUAUUAUUAUAAUUGUAAAUGUUAAAGAAAUGUACACUUCCCAUGGUUUGUUUUUGGUUCUACUGUAGAGAAAUUGCUGUCUUUUUUCACUCUUACCUUUCCUCUCUUUCCCAGUCUUUCUCUCUCUCUCUUCGUCUCCUGUGCCUAGUCGUCUCUUCUCCUGUCUUCCACUCUUGUUUCUUUUAGAGUCCAUGUGUCAUUGUUGAUAUAUAGCUAACUAUUCUUUAUAGGGGAAAGAUACAAAGCACGACAAAAUAAAAAAGAAUUCAAAAAUAA